GUGUGUGUAUUAGCGAGGUGUGGCUGCGUGGGUGUUUGGAAUCACCUAGAGACAGAAUAACCCAACACUGGGCUCGCGUUUAGUGACUUACCUGCUGCCAUGGGAUACCUGAGGAACAAGGGAAACCGGGAGCUGCUGAAAGGUGGGACUGCUGCUACAGGACCCGAGGGAAUGGCAGGGAGCUGCUCAGGGCAGGCUAUUCUGAGAUUAUCUGUAUUCCUGUUGAUGUCCUUGGUUGCUUGGCACUUGGGAUGCUUUUUUGCUGCUCAUGUACCCCAAAAUGCAAUAUCUUUGGCUGCACUUCAAGAGAUUGGAAAGAAACCAGUGUUGAGGGCCCCAGCCCCCAAAAGGCAGAAGUGUGACCACUGGUCUCCCUGCCCUCCUGGGAACUUCGCCUAUCGCAUCCUCAGUGGCGGUGGCAAAGGGAAGAGGGCUAAAAUUUGUUUUGAGGAUGAGCAGCUUGUAAGUGAAUGGAAUGAUGAAGUUGGAAGUGGUAUAAACAUUGCCAUUGUGAAUUAUAAAACAGGAAAACUCAGGGCGACAAAUUUUUUUGAAAUGUGGACAGGAGACCACUCCCAGCAGAUGAUGGAUUUCAUCAGGAGAGCACCACCAGGGUCCCUCAUCCUGAUGGCCACUCACGACGAUGGCAGCAGCAGGCUGAAAAAUGAAGCCAAAAUCUUAGUAGAAGAACUGGGAAGUAAAGAAAUCAAGAAUAUAAAGUUCAGAUCGAGUUGGGUUUUUCUAGCUGCCAAAGGCUUCAAGCUGCCAGAUAAUAUCGAGAAAGAAAAGAUAAACCACUCUGACAAGAAGAGGAACAGAUACAACGGCUGGCCAGCUGAAAUCCAAAUAGAAGGCUGUAUCCCAAGAAAUCUGAUCUGAACAAAUGUAUACCUCAUUAAUAAAGACUGUUCUAUAUUUUUAUA